CUUGGGUGGGAUGUUUUUUUUCUAUGUAGGCUCAGGUCAUUUAUGGAGUUGUGUAUCUUAAUUCCUGGGAGUUCCUUAAAGCAUCAUACCUAUAUGAAGCAAGGUGGAGUUUCACCUGCUUCAUGGAAAUGCUCUGAAGAGUUCUUUUCACACCAAAUAAGGAGUAGAGACCCUCUUAAACUUGGGUUUCCAAAUAUUUGGGCCUUACGGUUAGUGCGCCAACUAUUACUCUGGGAUCCAGAGGAUAGAUUAAGCAUCGAUGAUGCUUUGCAGCACCCUUAUUUCCGAUCUCCUCCCAACUCCGAAAGGAUGAGUUCAUAGGAAGUUUACAGUUGUCACUCAGGUUUCUUAUUCCCUAAAGGUAAUUAUUAUUUCACUGUCUAACAUCCAAAUGAGGAAAACUUGUAGCAUAGUUUGCAGUACAUAUUUUGCUCGAUUGGUAACAACUAUUGGAUUUCAACUAAACUAUUCUUAUUUUAGCUUCGCUGUAUUAGGUUAGAUAGUUUAGUGGUAACAGUUAUGCGACUUUGCCCUGUGAUGUCCUGAUAAAACUAUUUAAAUGGCUCUCGUGCAUGAGUUAUACACGAGUUAACUAUUCCUGUUGUACUGCAAUGAUCGUUAACGACUUUGCCCCGUAACAUUUGAAUGAAUGUGACGUCUUGAUAAAACUAUUUAAAUGGCUCUCGUGCAUGAGUUAUACACGAGUUAACUA